GAGGAUUAUUGGGGGAACAUGUGGUACAUCUGGGUUCUACUGUUUGAGAAGAUAUGUAUUUCGAACACAAACCGCACAUCUCGUCCUUUUCACAGUAAGGACACCAACAUGACUACUCACCUAAAGAAGCACCGUAAAAAGCGUGGACACGUGUCCGCUGGUCACGGUCGUAUCGGUAAACACCGUAAACAUCCGGGAGGUCGUGGUAACGCCGGUGGUCAGCAUCACCACAGAAUUAUGUUCGACAAAUACCAUCCUGGUUAUUUCGGAAAGGUCGGUAUGCGAUACUAUCACAAGACGGAUCAGCAGUAUUACUGCCCCAUUGUCAACCUUGACAAGAUCUGGACUUUGGUAUCUGACCAGACUAAGACUCAGUACGCCAAGGACACCUCCAAGGUGCCCGUCAUCGACUGUGUACGUGCCGGUUACUACAAGGUGCUAGGCAAGGGUGUGCUACCCAACCAGCCCUGCAUUGUCAAGGCCAAGUUCUUCUCAAGAUCCGCGGAGGAGAAGAUCAAGGCUGUUGGUGGUGUUUGUGUCUUGACCGCUUAAUUUAUCAAAAUGAGUAAAUAUAGACAUAUAACCCGUCGGUGGUGUAAAGGAUUUAGAGGUGCAAUUUAUUUUCUUGUGUUUUCAAAAGCCUAGUUCGUGUGUGGAACUUUUAGAUUGUGUAUCGGUUGGCUGGUUGACGUUUAGUGAUAUGUGUUCUAUUACUAUUUGUGUUUUGUGUCGUGAUAUGUUAUUUCUUGUUGGACAUGUGGGGAGUUUGUACGUUAUGCAUGUCAAGUAUGAGGUUUGUGUCCUGAUAUUUCUAAGUUCUGAUUAUCUGCCCGCAUACCGCCUCAAGUAAUAAGCAUGCACAAGAUGAUGAUUACAAUCACGACGGUCUUCUUAUUGAACCUGAUGAAAACGCCUCGUAUGGGCAAAUAAUCUGAUUUUUGCAUUCUUAUUGUCCAGGUAAUGGCUUUUGUGUUAGUUCUGUGACCACUACCGUGACAAUUAUCCGAAAAGCUUGGAAAUGUUAUUCCAUGUGGCAAUUGUCGAUCAUAUUUGCGUGUCAUGCAUGUUUUUCUGACUGAUUUUUUAAUUAGAUGAGCGUCUGCGUCAUGCACAUUCGAAUGCCUAUAUGAUAUUUCAAUAUUGUGGGGUCGUAUUGUGUGUAGUCGUAUGAUGGCUGUCUUGAAAUCGCGAUUGGUGUAAUUGUAAUACUGGUGCUGUUUCUUUUUUGAGAAUUUGGCAUACAAAGUAUGAAUUUGGUUGUGUCGGUGUAUUCUAUUGGCUUCCCCAGUCGGUAACUAGAUAUGGCUGCUCUAUAUGCGUCUUAUUAAGUAUUUUUGUAAAGCUAUAUAGUAAGCCAACAAUUACUCCGAAUAUUUCUUGUGUUUUUAUACCGCGAUUUGGACUAGGUCCAGUCGGAGUUUUGUGUGCAUUAUACUUUGAUGUGGAUACAGGACAGGAUCAAACCAAUGUUGACAGUGGCUGGUUUUAAUGCACUUUGUCGGGGGGUGGGCCUUAAUCUAGAAACGGAAGCUGAAAUCUAAGCAAAUUCUGUAUUAAAGCUUUACUGUAUAUUUUCUAAAUACAACUGCUAUUUUGCAAAUCAUUAAACCAAAUCGUACACGA